AUGCGAGGGGAGGAGAGACGCAGAACACCGACCGUCCUUCGCACAGCACUAGCAGCAGGCACCACCGCAGUCACCGCGACGACGACGUCGACGAUCGUGCUUCUUCCUACUCUAGCAGACCACGACGAAGGGAACACGCCGGCCCAGACUCGUCGCCCCCUAGGCGAGAGCGAGAACGCCGUAGCCUCCCCGACGACGACGACGACGAAGAGUAUCGUCACCGCCGUCGAGCUUCUUAUGAUCGCACAGAUCGAGAACGUCCUCGCGACCCGGAUCGUUACGAACGAGAACGCGAGCGUGAAAGCGACCGCAGAAGGGACAGGGACAGGGAUCACUACUAUCCCCGUGAUUCAAAGAGACGACGCUCGCGCUCACGAGAUGCUUAUGAACGCCCUCGCCGGCACAGGGAUGAUUACGACGAACGCGAACGCGAACGCGAUAUACCCGAACGUCGCUAUCCCGACGACCGACGAAUGCGCGAUGAGAGGCGUCAGCGCAGGUGAGCGAUAUCACCUUUGGGUGUAGACUUGUUGUUGCGGCAACUGACCCACUUGCGCGUACAGUCCUCCCCGUCGACGCCACUCUCCGAGCUACGACGAUGAGCCGCGUAGCAACCGCCGCCGAAGGUCUCCCAGCCCCGAGUAAGCACACACACACCACUCUCACGAUCCGACCAGCCCAAACUGACUCGAUCCUGCCCAUUCAGACUGGACGAAGAGCAACGUGAGAUGCGAUCCAUUUUUGUCUCGCAACUGUCGGCGCGUGUCGGCGACCGUGAACUGGGCAUCUUCUUUGAGCACCAGGCUGGCAAAGUCCGCGAAGCACGCGUGAUCGUCGAUCGCAUCUCUCGCAGGUCCAAAGGGUGAGCAACAUUCGGAGUGACCUUUACAUUCCUUCACGUGCUGAUCCAUGUCGAGCCUACCACUUUUCAGUGUCGGCUACGUCGAGUUCGUCGAAUUGGAAACCGUUCAAAAGGCACUCACCCUCUCCGGCACCAAGCUCCUCGGAAUCCCUAUCGCCGUGCAGUACACCGAAGCCGAGAAGAACCGACAAGCUCGUGAACCGGGAGCCGUGGCCGCGGGCAACGCACCACCUGGUGGUGCUGUUGCUACGCAAGGACAAGCCCCUCCGAAUCAGUGAGUCACCCUAGUCUCUAGGCCGGUCUUGUAUGACGGGAUGAGCUGCUGACCCCAAAGCGAUUUGUCACGUGGCAACAGGUCCUCGCUAUUGAACAGGCUCUAUGUCGGCUCGCUCAACUUCGCACUGACCGAUGAGGAUGUUCGCCAGGUGUUCCAGUCCUUUGGCGAGAUUACCCGCGUUGAUCUCCAUCGCGAUGCCAUCACCAACAAGUCCAAGGGUUACGCUUUUGUACAGUCAGUGGGAACAGACACUCGUACAUUCAUGACGUGGUGGAUAGAUGUGCUGAUGUGCAGGCGGCCCCGACUGACAGGUUCAAAGAGGUUGCGCACGCUCAAGAGGCGCUGGCAAAGAUGAACAACUUUGUCUUGGCGGGUCGGGAGGUAUGUCACGGUCGCAUCUGUAGGGCGGGGCGUGAACGUUUCUGAACCUGCCUUUUCGCGAUCGAUCGAUCUACAGAUCAAAGUCGGCCUCGUCGGUGAUCGAACCAUGUCCGCGAACCGAGGCGAAACCCAACUCCAACAAGAAGAUGGUACGUCGAGCCGGCAGCCAAUCGAGCACAAAAGAAAACGGCUUCCUUCUUUACCCGCGUUCAAUUUCAAUGAUUGCUGAUUGAGAAGCCGACGGAGGGUGUACAGGUCCAUCGUUGAACAACAUUUCGAGGAUCGAGCUGAUGCAGAAGCUAGCGCGCAGUGAUCAACCCGAGGAGAUGGACGCGCUCAAAACUUCUGUGUGAGUGCUCGAGGAGCUGGUGUUUAGAGAGGUCGGGAACGCUGAUCAUUAGUUUUGUGAUUUGGAUAGUCCCCGCCCUAUCAUCCCCACAGCGACGACUCGCAAUGUGUGAGUCUCCGCAGACAAUUGAAACGUUUAACUUCCAACCAGCUGACCCAAGCUCACACUUGUUACUUCUCCAGUGUGAUGGCCAACGCCUUCAACCCGGAAGAAGAGACCGAGCCAGACUGGGACGUCGAACUGCGCGAUGACGUUAAAGAAGAAUGUCAAAACUCGUACGGCCCCAUUCUGGACAUUUAUGUGCUCAAAGAAUCCAAAGUAAGUUGCUUCCCUUCCAACGAGGUGCGAGUGGAUUACCGCUCACUUACGAUUUUGAUGAGGGCGUCGUACAGGGCGAGAUUUACAUCCGUUUCGGAUCGGUCCAGGAUGCGAUCAAAGCGGUCGCGGGUUUGAACGGCAGGUUCUUUGGUGGGAAUCAGAUCACGGCCAGUCAUACGUCUGAUCAAUUGUUUGAUGCUAAGAAAUAG